AUGACGCGCGCGCGGCCGAGCGUGGCCACGGAGCAGCGCGGGGCCCGAGGCGCGGCGGCCCGGGCGUCACCCCGGCAGGCGCGGCGGCCCGAGGCGGCAGUGGCCGGCAUGCCGGGAGCGCCGGGCGCGGGCUGGGCGCUGGUCGCGCUGCUGCUGGCCGCGUCGGUGCUGAGCGCCGCGCUGCUGGCCCCUGGCGGCUCCCCGGCGCCGCAGCAAGACUUAGACAAGAAAAAGCCAGGAGAGCUGAAGAUGGAUCAGGCCCUGCUGCUCAUCCAUAAUGAACUUCCUGAAACACACUUGACUGUCUACUGGAAGUCUGAACGCUGUUACCAUUGCUUGUUUCAGCUUCUGGUCAGCGUUCCUCAGAGUGGAAGACGGGGAAAAGCCAGCACAGCCGCUGUGUCUGUCAGCACCCAGCAUGACUCCAUCCUGCAGUUUAAUGAUUCCUUGGGGGAGAAGGCAGUUUGUAGGCUGGAGUACAAAUUUGGAGAAUUUGGAAACUAUUCUGUCUUGGUCAAGAACACCCAUAAUGGAAGCAGUGGGAUUGCCUGUGACAUAGUUGUGAAUGAGAAUCCAGUGGACAGUAACCUUCCUGUGAUUGUCGCGUUCCUUAUUGGUCUGGCACUCAUCAUUGUAAUGUCCUUUCUAAGGCUCUUGUUGAGUUUGGAUGACUUUAAUAGUUGGAUUUCUAAAGCCAUACAUUCUCGAGAAACUGAUCGCCUCAUCAAUUCUGAACUGGGAUCUCCAAGCCGGGCAGACCCUCUCAGUGGUGACCUCCAGCCAGAAACAUGGCACCUGUCUGCCGCAAAACACCGCCUGCGCUGCGUGGACACGUUCAGGGGGAUAGCGCUUGUGCUCAUGGUCUUCGUUAACUACGGAGGAGGAAGAUACUGGUACUUCAGGCAUUCAAGCUGGAAUGGACUGACUGUGGCUGACCUUGUAUUCCCUUGGUUUGUCUUUAUUAUGGGCUCUUCGAUUUUCCUGUCAAUGAUGUCUGCACUGCAGCGGGGAUGUUCAAAACUCAGAUUGCUGGGGAAAAUUGCGUGGAGAAGCUUCCUGCUGACCAUGAUAGGAAUUGUCGUUGUGAACCCCAAUUAUUGUCUUGGUCCACUGUCUUGGGAUAAGGUGCGAAUUCCUGGUGUCCUGCAGCGCUUGGGAGUGACUUACUUUGUGGUGGCUGUGUUGGAGCUCCUCUUUGCUAAACCUGUGCCUGAAAACUGGGUCUUGGAGAGCAGCUGCACUUGUCUUCGAGACGUCACGUCCAGCUGGCCCCAGUGGCUUCUCAUUCUGUUGCUAGAAAGCAUCUGGCUGGGCUUGUCCUUCUUCUUGCCUGUUCCUGGGUGCCCCACUGGUUAUCUUGGUCCUGGUGGCAUCGGAGACUGGGGGAAGUAUCCAAAUUGUACUGGAGGAGCUGCAGGCUACAUCGACCGCGUGCUCCUGGGAGAUGAUCACCUGUACAAGCAUCCUUCUUCUACUGUGCUUUAUCACACUGAGGUGGCCUAUGACCCAGAAGGAAUCCUAGGGACCAUCAACUCCAUCGUGACUGCAUUUUUAGGAGUUCAGGCAGGGAAAAUUCUGCUGUUUUACAAGGACCAGACCAAAAGCAUCCUGAUUAGAUUCACAGCUUGGAGUUGCAUUCUAGGGCUUAUUUCUGUCGCUUUGACGAAAAUAUCUGAAAACGAAGGCUUUAUUCCAAUAAACAAAAACCUCUGGUCCAUCUCCUAUGUCACCACCCUGAGCUCCUUUGCCUUCUUCAUCCUGCUGGUCCUGUACCCCAUUGUGGAUGUGAAGGGAUUGUGGACAGGAGCCCCGUUCUUUUAUCCAGGAAUGAAUUCUAUACUGGUGUAUGUGGGACACAAGGUGUUUGAGGACUACUUCCCCUUUCAGUGGAAGCUGCAGGACAACCAGUCGCACAGAGAGCACCUAACUCAGAACAUCGUUGCCACCGCCCUCUGGAUUCUCAUUGCCUACGUUCUCUACAGAAAGAAGAUUUUUUGGAAAAUCUGAUAGCCCUUGCAGAGAUGUGUUGCUGGAAAACUAGUGAGCCUGCGGGAAGUAUUAAAACAGGCUUUGUGAAAGGGAAUAUUAAUCAUAAAACCAACGGGACUCGUAUCUCCAGGUUAUCGGGAAAUGAUGAUGAACAAGGUUACUGGGCUGUGGCUCAUCAGAACUCCGCAUGAGUUCUGAGACUCAGAUCGUAACUGUCUCUUCGCCUUCAUCUUCUACAGAACUGGCUGUAUUUGUAACUGCCUUCUAAGCAGAUCUCAUUGAAAUUUCCCAAAGGGAAUUACCACGGACACUUUGCUUCUGUGAUGGAUACACAGCUAAGGUUCUGCACACUGCCUUUCCAUGUGUACACGCAUGCCAGCCACGUUGCCAUUCCCGUGGGGCUGAGGAUCAGCCUGCUGGAUGGACUGUGUCACCAUCUGGCUGAAUAUUUUACAGUCACGUACAGUUUCAUGUUUCCAGAAGGCCAAAGUAAUUUUUGUUUAAGAUUUCCAAGGCUUUCAUGGGUCCAAAAGAUAUCAGCAGCCGUUUUCUCCUUUCCCUACUUGAAAAACAUAGUUGAAAUAUAGAUGCAUUAUUGCUAACCAGCCUUUCUUGUAGUUGCCUGCCCGGGUACCCACCUCCGUACUUUCCUGUCGUUUAUCUGCCCAUCUCUGCAUCUGUCUCCAUCCUUCCAUCCAUUCACCUGUCUGACUUCUUCCUCCAGAUGGCAGCCAGGGCCUCAGGGCUGUAGCUGUGGGAGAAAGGGCAGUGUGCCCUGCCUUUGCCUGUGUGCCUGCUUUGCCAUCCCUGCUGUGUGCGGUGCUGGGCCAGUGCUGGGCCUGGCUGGGCUUUGUUUUCCUCAUCAGUGAAACAAGAGCGAAGGUGAUACCCUCUGUGUUCCCUUCCAUCACGUGGAUGUGUGAAAUCGGGCUCAUCCACAGCUUUUCUGCAUCUCCAGAGAAUUUUUAUUACAGCAGACUCCUCAACAGAACAAGAAAAACUUUAAAACCGUC